UGCGAAGGGAACAACUACUCCGGACCCUACACCCCACACCAUGAUUGUCCGGCAAUGUCUGCGGCAAAGCCGCCAGCUUCGUGCGCUCAACUGCCAAUCGCGCGUCUGGGCCCGAUUCUCCUCGACCGAGACGAUUGUCGACACCCCGGCGCAGCAGCCCAACGUUGUGACUGCGACUCCAAUCGAGGAACCCACACCAUCUAGGAGGCAGGCAGGCGGAGAAUUUGAAAUCGAGAAGGUUACCUGGAACAAGGGCCUAGCACAAAAAGCUGACUUCCGCCGGCUGGGAACCACCUUGCAUGCCUUCUACAAUCCUGCAAAACUAAUUCAAGACCCUUACCAUUCUUCCGACAUCACCCUCGAACUGCUCCUUGCCAACCAGACCCACCUCGGACACUCGACAUCCCGCUGGAACCCGCAAAACUCCCGCUACAUCUUCGGUAUCCGCGAUGGCAUCCACAUCAUCUCCCUUGACGUGACCGCUGCGUAUCUGCGCCGUGCGGCCAAGGUUGUCGAGGAGGUCGCCGCCCGCGGUGGCUUGAUCCUGUUCGCCGGGACCAGAAAGGGUCAGAAGCAGAUGGUGGUGCGGGCCGCCGAGCUGGCCGGGGGGUAUCACCUCUUUGAGCGAUGGAUCGCUGGCGGUCUGACCAACGGCAAAGUGAUCCUGGGUCGUGGCGAGACCAAGGUGGUCAAUCUCCUCGACGAGGAGCUGCACGAGUUCAGAGAUGUGGCUGCCAGUCGGCCCGCCCUCAAGCCGGACCUGGUUGUCUGCUUGAACCCCCUGGAGAACACGGUUCUUCUGCACGAGUGCGGCCUCAACAACGUUCCGACCAUCGGUGUCAUCGACACGGAUGCGGACCCCACCCGCGUCACCUACCCUAUUCCUGCGAACGAUGACAGCCUGCGUGCCGUCAGCCUUAUUGCGGGUAUCCUGGGACGAGCCGGAGAGGAUGGUCAACGGAGACGAGCAGAGCUCGCCAAGCAAGGCAAAACCCUCUAUAAGCGUCUCCAAGCAAAAGAUCUCGGGCUCCGCUCUCUCAGAACGGAGGCAAAGGACGAGGAGAAUGUGUCCGCAGAGGAGCAGUAGCUGGAGGAGGAGGAGGAGUGACUACGAAGAAUUGGCGCUAUGUAAUUCUCUUUUUGAUAUCGUUUGUCUACCCGUUACUGGGUUUGUACUGUAUAGGGCAUGUAGAGCUUUUUCUUGUUUUGCCUCUGGUGUUCAGAACAUGUAUCAAUAAAUAUCAUCAAAUCAUAUGUUUUGAG